AUGUCGUCAAGUAUUGUGGGACGAUACGAUGUUACCAGGCGUCGGAUCAGACUAGAGCACGCCAAGCCAGAGGCGAAGUACAACCUCUCGUAUUCGGUGGGGGAAACAAUAUAUCACUCACCCACCAUCAUCUCGAAGUCGACGCCAGUCUCGACCGCGCUUGAACGGAUCAGCAGGUUGAUGCCAAGAAUAGCAGGAGGUGCAGUACAAGUACUCUGCACGGUCGGAGAAGAGCUCGAACUGUCAGCUAUGAACUCACACGUGCAUCACUCACAUAUGAAGGCUGAUUCUCGAGGCCUAUCACUGCGACACGGGACGCGGUCGCUUCCUGCACAGUGGGCGUGGUUUCUAUCUCAUCGAAGCUCAUACAUGCGACCGUCGAGGCCAGCAGUUGCUAGGACAGCGGCUGAGAUUCGGCUGUACAGUAAGUAUCCGCAGAGCAAGGCUGCCAAGAACCUUAAGGACUGCUGCACAAGGCAUCAAGAGCAAAGGAACGGCGAUUCAUUGCAUCCGACCUCCAAGCAUACAGUCGCUGAUUUUUACGAUCGGCUUUCGGACGGGCGAAGAUUAGCCAUGAAUCGUCGAGCGAAGUAUUGGUCCUGCUUCUUUGAUUUCAGCACAACGUCGGCUGGCUCAAUUAGAGCACUGUGUGGUUGUUCUGGCUCGCACUGGAAGCUCCCUGUGCUUCCCAAUGUCUGCCUCGCAUCCGCUUCGCUCUCCACUCAGUAUUGUGCUGUCACAUCCAUCAGACACAUCUGCACGCCAUGGUGUCAUGUUCCUCGCUCUUUCUUUAACCCCCCUUCGGCAACGACUGCCAAGUCUUCGGCAAUGCAGUCUGAGCCAACUCUUUCAAUUGAAUCGCGGAAUGGCCACAAGCUUCAGGGCGUACGGCUUGGUGUAGCGUGCGCCAAGAAUUGCAACAUGUUGGUGCUUCCGAUCGUACGGCAGCGUUUGAGAAGUGAGGUCGAUGUAGAAUAUUCCGGAGUGUUAUGUGGCGUACGAGAGAGCGGCGAUAUCGAGCCUAGUUUGAAGAGAUUCGCGCAUGGUGGUGGAUCGCCUUCGGUAUUUCCCUCUCUGGUGCGACGAGGUCAUCACGAAGUUCGCACCUCCGCCGUGAGUGCCGCUGCCGCCGCCGCCGCCGUCCGUGUCAUCCGACAUAUCGCUGCGCACGGAGGAGCGGCACUGCGGCAGCCAAGCAUGCCGUUCACAAGGAAAAGAUGUGGAACGAUUCGCAAGAUGCCACGAACGCCAUCUGAUUGCGCAUCCCAUGGCAGCUACCACCAACACGCGAAAUCCCACGUGGUGUUGCAGGCACAGUCUGGAAAUGCCAAUGCCAAUGCCAACGCCAAUGCCAAUGCCUUGUACGCCAAAAUCAACAAUUGUCCGUCUUGGUGUCUUGGACGACUUGGCAGCUUAGAAUAUUCGGCGGGCAAAGUCAAGCACAGAGAAAUGUCGGAGCUUGCCUGCACACCAUCGGCACCAGCAGCAUACUGUACUGUCAUGCUCGGAAUCCGGUGCGACUGUCCCAGUAGCUUCUGUGCGAGACGAGACAGCGCGCUGAACCUUCGUUGGGAUAUUCUAGUCACGUGCUUGCAGCCUCAGGCCAUCGCCGCCGUCGCCGCCAGCCAAUCGGUGCCGGCCUUCGAGACCGAUCGGGCAGUGUUGGCGAAAAAGUUAUUUCGGGCCGCGCUCGAGGAUGGCAGGGCACCAAAUCUAAUACCGCAUGCACGGUCUUUUUACCCCCACGCUCAAGUCACUUGA